CGAGAACUUCUUGAUGCUGUAGAUAAUAACGAGUCUGCGGUGAUUGUUGCUCCCACUUCAUCAGGAAAAACAUAUGCAUCAUACUAUUGCAUGGAAAAAGUUCUGAAAACGAGCAAUGAUGGAGUAGUUGUGUAUGUUGCUCCUACAAAGGCCCUUGUAAACCAAGUGGUGGGAACUAUAUACAGUCGAUUCACCAAGAAACUUCCGGAUGGAUUGGUAGUGUGCGGAGUCUUCACGCGAGAUUAUCGCCAUGAUGUCAUGAAUUCUCAGAUACUAGUGACCGUGCCUCAAUGUUUAGAAAUCUUGAUGCUGUCUCCUCGUUGCCAGAAAUGGACCAAGCAGAUACAAUAUGUUAUAUUUGAUGAGGUCCAUUGUCUUGGCGGUGAAAUUGGAGCAGAGGUUUGGGAGCAUCUUCUGGUAACAAUUCGGUGUCCAUUUUUGGCGCUCUCUGCUACUGUCAGUAACCCGGAACACCUAACUGAGUGGUUACAAUCUGUGAAAAGGUAUUGGCAACGUGCUGAGAAUACAAUAAAAGGAAGCUCUACAAACUCUGAAAAGAACUUUACAAGAAAAUGUAAAGUGAAAUCUAAAAUUGAGAACUAUGGUAUUCCUUCAGAUCUUUCUCUGUCUCCACGAGAGAGCAUCCAGCUUUAUGACACAAUGGUAAAAGUCUGGCAAGAGUGGCCAAGGGCACAGGAGCUAGAUCCUGAGGAGUUUGUCUCUUUCAAGAAUAAAGUAGUAAUAAAAAAGGCAGAUGUGAGGAAAUAUGAACAGGAACUGAAGAAAGAACUAAGCAAAUGGAUUGUGCUUGGCCAAAGACAGAAGGUGAAUGCACUAUUGAAGCACCUUAAGCCAAAACCUGUGGAUUGCUCAGAACAGAAAAAGUGGAAGCAUUUUGCAAGCUUUGUCAAUAAAUUACAUGAGAUGGAUAAGUUGCCUGCCAUAUUUUUUAU